GAUAGAAAGAUAACAUUUUAUUACACUGGACAUACACGAUUUUCAUUUCGAAAUCUAUCUAAAACACUGUAUUUUUAAAAAAGGAGAAACAUGGGAUGUUGUGACGGAUUGUCAAAAUUUUUUCUGAUCACAUUUGGAAUACUUUUCUUGCUAUUUGGUGGAGCUUGUUUAGGUGGCGGUAUCUAUGUUCUUGUGGCUAAAAAUGAUAUACUGAUAUUAGCACGAAGCGCCACUGAUGGGGCUGUGGACACCAUUGAUGCACCAUCUUUGAUAGAAAGGGCCGCCUAUGUCUUUAUUGCCAUAGGUUCAUUCAUUGUGUUUAUAUCAUUUGUUGGAUGUUGUGGAGCAUGUCUGAAGAACAAAUGUUUACUGAGAACAUAUGUAAUUAUAGUUGGAUUGAUGAUUGUAUUGGAAGUGGUAGCUGCAAUACUGGCUGCAGUUUUCAUGAACAAGAUGGAGACCUACGCAAAAGACAAUUUGCAGACCAUGCUGAAUGACAACUACAUUGGUCCGUAUGCUACUUCUAAUGCUGUCAGCUUGGCAUUUGAUCUUGCACAAAUACUGCUUGAUUGUUGUGGUGUAGUCAAUCGAACUGAGUAUGCUUCUAUCAACACAUGGAAUACUACCUAUGUGUAUGAUUCAGGAGGAGGUGUUUACGUCACAGCAACAGCAACGAUACCUCUUACGUGUUGUCAGUUUACCAGUAAAGAUGCUUUCCCCGAUGAUAUGACAGCCUUCCUUAAUUCGAUGGAGGAUAAACAAUGUCCAGUUACUCAGGCUGGAGCGCAUACUACAGGGUGUUAUGAAGCACUGAAAGAAGAAUUCAGUAAAUAUUUCAACAUACUGAUUGGUAUUGCAGCAGGUAUGGGUGGGUUACAGAUUAUUGGAUUUAUCUCAGCAUGUUGUCUAAUGAAAGAAGAUAGAAAGAGUAAAGAAAUCAUUUAAAUAAAUCAAUAGACAGCUGAAUUUUGCGCUGAAUCUUCAUGUAGUAUUUUCAUUUGAAAUUCACCUUUACUAUAUAUUUAUUAUUUUUCUAUGAAGCAAAUAAAUCAUUUAUAUUACUUGAAAAUAAUUCGACUGGUAAUGGAACGAAUUCCUAGAGCACAUGAUCAUUGAAAAUAACGUUUUAUAAAUUUCGUGCGUCUGAAUAAGAUAUAUUCAGCAUACAUAUCUAGCUGUACUUAAUUGGGUUUAUUGUAAAUCAGCUCUUUAUUUUCCCUUAGAAUAAAACAAUCAAGCUUAA